CAGCAUCCUUCCCCUCCGAGGUACCAGUCCGCGCUCUCCAGCCCCGGCGGCGGCGGAAGAGAUGGAGUCGCGUCACGAGCGCCCGGCCCCUUAAAACGCUGCUGGCUGGAGCCGCCUCCCUGCCUGCAGCCCGCGGCGGGGAUGGAGUAGAGGGAGACCCGUUGACCUGCUCGCGGGGAUCAGCGAUGGAGUUAAAGCAAUCUUUGUCCAUCCAUCUGGAAGCUGAGAAGCCUUUGAGGCGCUAUGGAGCGGUGGAGGAGACGGCGUGGAAAGCGGAGGGACUGGGGAGAAAUCAGCUGGACAUCAUUUCCAUGGCCGAGACAACCAUGAUGCCAGAGGAGAUCGAGCUGGAGAUGGCGAAAAUCCAGCGUCUCCGGGAAGUCUUGGUCCGACGGGAGUCUGAGCUCAGGUUUAUGAUGGAUGACAUCCAGCUCUGCAACGAUAUCAUGGACUUGAAGCAGGAGCUGCAGAAUUUGGUCGCCAUCCCAGAAAAAGACAAAACCAAGUUGCAGAAGCAGAGAGAGGACGAGCUAAUCCAGAAGAUCCACAAACUGGUACAGAAGAGAGAUUUCCUGGUGGAUGAUGCAGAGGUCGAGCGGUUAAGGCUCCCGAGCAGAGAAGAAAGCAGAGCCCCCACCCAGCAAGCCCACGGUGGCCAAGACGGGGCUGGCGCUCAUCAAAGAUUGCUGCGGGGCCACCCAGUGCAAUAUCAUGUAGCCCCCACGUGGGGUGCCCCCGGGGCCCCCCCUCCCACCCUCUUGUCUUCAUAGCCCCCAUUUCACUGGGGUCCAAGAGCUCGCCGAGGCGGAAGGGAUUGAAGGCAAGCUCGUGACAGCGGUCAGGGGCCGUGGGUGCGGCGGGCGGGCCCAGCCGCCCUGUACAGAGUGUAGCAAUAGGGAGUCCCUCACCGACGCAUGGCCCUCCCCAGAGCAUGCCAAACCCAGGAGUCUGUCUCACUGUUUAUCCAACCGCCAGGAAAGGUCCUCGCUGUACACAAAGUGUAUCUCCACUCCUCUCUAGCUGUAUCUAACCCGCUGUGCAAAUGAGCUGGCCGAGGGCAUGAUCCCCAGGUGUGUGUGGUCGUGACUUUUCAACAACCUAGCACCAUGUCGGACACAUCCUCAUCCACCCUCCUAGCUCUGCUGUCAGGCUGCCCCAAACGGCUCCGUCCCCCAUCUGUCCUCUGCCGGGGGCUGUGCCCUGCAGGGCCCCAUCCAACCCGUGUGUCUUCGGAGACGCAGAGGGCCCAUCUGUGUAACGACUGAGCUGGUGUGUGGUGUCACGGUCACGUCUCCUGCUUCCUCCCCUCCUGUGUCUGGGCACAGCUCACAUCAGGAGUGUGUCCUUUUGCCCAUGGCCCUUCCUUCCCUUGCACCAUCUGUCCCGGGUGUGUGGAGCAGAGCGGCAGUGGGGCCCUGGGCUGGAGCACACCCAGGGCUUGGAAGUAGCAGAGAGCUGGGGCUCCAACACCGAGGUGAGGGCAGAGGAGAAGGGACCCAGAGCGGAUGUGGACCUGGGCCCUCUCCACCCACCGGGGGAAUGACGGACGGACAGAUGGACUGCCGGCAGGAUGCCACUCACCAGCCUAACACACAGACCUCCGCCAACAACAGUGGCAGGCGGGAGAGGUGGCCUGACCCAACCAUGUCCCCUCAUUCAGUGGUGUAUUUCAACCAGCCUAACAAUUCCAACCUGUGUAACUUGAUGUACAUUUGCUACAGCCAGCCGGGCACAGCCCGUGUACCUCUCUGUACGUGUGUGUGUGUUGUGACCGGCCUAAGUAGUUAGCAUAACUCAAGAUUUGCUGAAAUGCAGUCCUCCAUCGGAGAAAAUAAAAAUGGAAACCGCGUACACAGCA